AUGUCCGCCCAGCGUGCUCUAGUGGUAUCCUCUGGCAUGGCGGCCCUGGACGUGAUCACCCGUCUCCUUCGGCCCGGCGACGAAGUCGUAACCGGUGACGACCUGUACGGCGGCACCAACCGUCUCCUCAAGUACCUUUCAACGAACGGUGGGAUCAUUGUGCACCACGUCGACACAACCGACGUCUCCAAAGUGACCGAAGUCCUCUCCUCCAAGACGACCAUGGUCCUCCUUGAGACCCCAACCAACCCUCUGAUCAAAAUUGUCGACAUCCCCACCAUCGCCGCUGCCGCACACGAGGCGAACCCGGCCUGCCUCGUCUCCGUGGACAACACUAUGAUGUCCCCCUCCUCCUGA